UUGACGUCUACUCAAGAAUGAGGAAGAAGGUGGUCUUUUCCCCCUCCCCACUUUUCCUUUGAUUAUAAAACUGUAGCCCACUAAGUUCUCGGAGCACGGCACCCUCUCACCCAGCCGCUUGAGAACUCUCACAAGUGUCCUAUUCUAAUAAAUCACUUAUCUGUCGCUUUGCCUCUCCCUGAAUUCUUUCUGCGCUGAGACAUAAAGAACUGAAGCUCCUCGGAGCCCCCAGACGCAUUUCAGCGGUUUCAGCUUUAUGGGAUAUUCAGGAAAGGGUGAAAAUGGGGUGGGGAUGUAGAACUCCCAGGGAUGGGAAGCUGAGGAGAAAGAAAUGGAACUUUCAGGAAAAAUUUCUAUAGAAGGUAGGUGGAGGAUUACACAAAGGAGUCUCUAGGGGCUGUUGCUGAAGUCUAAGAGAGGCAAACAAGAGGAUCAUGGAGGAAAAGGCUGAAGUUAAAGAAGUAACACUGCAUAUGCUAUUGAGAUGCAGGGAACAGUGGAUUCUGGCUUAGGUACCUGGAAGAUUCUUGGUGCCAUUCAGGUAAAGACAGCAAAGAGAGGAGGGUGGGGGGGGGGUGUUUGGAUGAGUUUGCUUUUGGAUAGGUCGAGUUAUUGGGACAAACAGGUUGAAGUAUCCAGUCAGCAGUUACGUAUAUGGGUCUGAGCUUCUGAAACAAAUUCGGGUGUUAGUUGAAAGCAUGGAGUUGGGUAAGACUCUUCGGCAAGAGUGAAGAAUGGAGGAGUGUGGGGGAGGGGCGAGUAGGGAGGCAGAGCCCAGCUGGACACCGGGAUUUAAAGACGCGCAGAGGAAUUUGGUGUUGCCAGAGUUGAGAGGUGGGGGUGGGGAGAAAUAAAAUUAAAUAAAUAAAUAGGUAAAAAAAAAAAAAUGGGGGCAAAGGAACACAAGCAGGAUGAGGAAAGACAAAGGGCGACAUUUUGAAAGCCAAGGGAAAGCCGCCUUCAGGUUCAAGGCGGUUUUGGACGCCGCCGGGAGGUAAAGAGGAGGAUGACUAAUUCUAUGCUAGCCCUCUGUCAAACUGGAGUCCGAGGAGCAGUGGCGGGUGGCAUGGGGCUAAGCCACACCGCAGGCAACGAGUAAAUUGAAAGGGGGAGGCCUUAGUAGUACUAUAUUCUUCAAGGAAGUUUAGCUUUUGACGAGCCAGAAAGGGAGGGACUUGGAGGGUAAUUUAGGGCUCAAGGGGGUAAUCAGCUUCAGAAUUCGGUACUCUUGAGUGGGAGUAACUUUGCAUCUGCCGGAGGCUCUCUUCAGUCCUUUUGGGUCCUUCUUGGGAUUUCCCUUGGUGAAAAAAAAACCUACCACUCUUAAGCUGGAAAAAAAUUGCCACUCAAUAAAAAACAAAACAGCGUGUUGUUUGAAAGCCUUCGCUUUAAAAAUCCUGGCAUGCAAAUAAGGGGCUUUAAUGUGGCUCACAGCGAUUGGUAGGUACUUACCAAGGCCGUCAUUUCCUCGUAGUACAAGAUGCAAACGAAGAGCCUGCUUUCCGCUUUCCUAUUGGCUGUUCGAUCGGACUCAGCUUUUAGCCAAUCAAACCACUUCGCUUCACCCCUCCCGGUAGCUCUUAUAAAUUACAUCAAAUUGGUUAUCCUUGCCACAUCCUUCUCUUUGAAAAAGAAGCUGUAACUGCAUUUUUAGUCAUAAUGUCAGGACGCGGAAAGCAGGGAGGCAAAGCUCGGGCCAAGGCCAAGUCGCGCUCAUCCCGCGCUGGCCUUCAGUUCCCCGUGGGGCGAGUGCACCGCCUGCUGCGCAAAGGCAACUACGCCGAGCGAGUGGGGGCCGGCGCGCCAGUGUACCUGGCGGCCGUGCUGGAGUACCUGACAGCGGAAAUCCUGGAGCUGGCCGGCAACGCGGCCCGAGACAAUAAGAAGACACGCAUCAUCCCUCGCCAUUUGCAACUAGCCGUGAGAAAUGAUGAAGAGCUCAACAAGUUACUCGGGGGUGUCACAAUUGCCCAGGGCGGCGUCUUGCCCAAUAUCCAGGCAGUCUUAUUGCCCAAGAAAACGGAGAGUCACAAGCCUGGCAAGAAUAAGUAAUUAGGAGGCUUGACACCAACCCCACUCACCCCAAAGGCUCUUUUAAGAGCCACCAAAGUGUCAAAUGAAGGGCUGAUCACGAAACAGCGCAUUAGCUCUUUUUUUGAAAACUUGGGUGGCUCUAAAAAGAGCCUUUGGUCUUUGGUUUACUUUGUCUGGAUU